CAUUUAUUAAUUUCACCUGUCAUGUAAAUCAAAAUAAAUUAUUUUGGAUUGAAAAAUUGUUUGUGCAACAUGUGAAUUUCAGUGUUAAAAUUCUAAUGUAGAUCUCCUUUCGGCCUCCACAAUAUUUAUUGUCAUUGUCCACAAUGAUUCGGCCGUUCAAUGUUUUAUUGUUUGGGGGACUACUUCUGAGUUUGUUCGAGAUUGAUACUUUCCUCGGCCAAGGGUUGGGGGACUCUAUUAAGAAGGCCUUUUGUACCGUAUUCUGUACAGUGAAGAAAGCCAUUCAAAACUCUGCAACCAGUGAAAUAGUUCAGAAACUUCCAUCCGUUGAAAUCCCUAUUGAUGUUUCUUUGUUCACUAUCGAAUUGUGUGCUCUGUUUUUGAGUAUGAUGUUUAUAUCCAAGUAUAGACAGUUGCGUUCCAAGGACCGCAUCGACGAGCUGCUGCAGGAGAGCAAAGAUGCAUUACAACAAACUAAUGCAUUCCUGCAAAAAUGGCAGAACCGGAGAAAUAUGGUACCUGAAUGUCCGUAUCUCUACGAAGACUUGAACGCCGUGUCCCCCACUUUUGAAGUUCCCAUACUACAGAUGGCUAUUAUUGACUCAAAAUCCAACCAGCUAGAAAGAGGCGAUGCUGGUGACAACAUCACCGUGACCAACACAACACUACAAUCGAUACUCGAUGACGACAUCGAUUCUAUAGACAAUGGCAACUCUGAAGACCUCAGGAAUGUCGACCCCACGUAUCGGUACCUGUGGGAUGUAGUCGAAGAAGACGCCGAUCGAAUUGAUGACUUGUAGUGAACUGUACUUUUUGUGAACAAUAAAUUUUGUGUUAAAAUCUGGCAAAAUUUCGUGUUA